AUGGGAUGUUUCUUUCUGGCAGAUGACGAUGGGAGUGUUUCUAGAAAUGAGCCAUCAGUUGUGCUGAAAACAACUCCUCUUCAAGCUCUCCUGGUUCCAAAAAUGAGCCCAAUAGCCAAAAAUGGACUCAGCUACAAGCACAUCUUGUUUCAAAAACAGACAAGAAAGGGCAAGCUUAAGGAUAAGGCUGGUAAUGAAGGUUAUGGUGACGAAGAAGCUUGCUCUGAACCUUUAAGUUCUAACGCACUGUUAGAAAAAAGGACACAUCUUCACGCACAUCUGGUUACAAGUACAGAGAAGAAAGGGCAUGUAAGGGGUAAUGAAGGUGGUGGUGACGAAGAAGAAGCUUGCUCUGAACCUGUAAGUUCCAACGCACUGUUAGAAAAGGACACAUCUUCACGCACAUCUGGUGUCAAGUACAGAGAAGAAAGGGCGAGCGUAAGGGGUAAUGAAGGUGGUGGUGACGAAGAAGCUUGCUCUGAACCUUUAAGUUCCAAUGCACUGUUAGAAAAGGACACAUCUUCACGCACAUCUGGUUACAAGUACAGAGAAGAAAGGGCGAGCGUAAGGGACCCUGAAUCUUCUGACACAGACCAUGAUGUGCCAGUAAGACAACCACAUGCAAAACCUGGGCCGUCCACAACUGUAACCAUGUCGGGUCAUCCCAAGAGGCUUCAGAAACUCGGUGAAGACCAGAGUCAUCUUUUGAAGACGCUGUUCAAAACGAAUAUUGUGUUGAGGAAGGAGCUUAAGCGUGAAGACUGUGAAAGAGUAAUGCAAAAAUAUGAAAUUCUACACGGAUUGUCAUGGAAAAAAAUUAAAAAACACGAUUCAUAACUGGAUUACUGCUGAAAAGUGAAAACAAAAAUGAUUUUAUAGCUUUUUAGCCCACCUGCGCACAAUGUUCUCAUGGUGAGCUUUUGUGAUUGCUUUUUGCCCGUUGUCCAUCUUGCGGCAUCAACAUUUGCCUUGUUAAUAUUCUAGAGGUCACAUUAAUUGUCCGAUCUUCAUGAAAUUUUAUUUGACGAUUUGUCCCAAUGAUAUCUUGGAAAAGAUUACAAAUGGUUUCGGUUGGUUGAAAAACAAUAAUUUACACGCCAUAUACUCCAUACUUAAAUCAAUAUUGUUAUAUGCAAAGCAGCAAUGCUUAAAAGAAAUAAUACAAAAUUGGGAGGGGGCAUUACUCGUAUGAAAACAAGAUGGUGGUAUUUGUUAUAAACACGUGUAAAACAGUUGGAUUUUUCUGGCCAAAGACAACUAUUCAUACGACCAACUUCUUAAUUUUUGCAUAGCUCGUCAUAUUGAUUUCCAUUCAGAUUUACUUCAGAAAAAAUCUAUUUCAUAUCUCUGAUGCCAGAGCUAUACAUAUGUUUAUAAGAAGAGUAAAUCUGAGAUCCGUUUUCAUUUAUGAUAUUUGAAAUGGCAUGUUUAGACGAAGAUUCUCUACAAUUUUCUACAUAAAUAUAUAUAUAUAUUUUUUGUAAAAAUGGUUUCGGUUGGUUGAAAAACAGUAAUUUACACGCCAUAUACUCCAUACUUAAAUCAAUAUUGUUAUAUGCAAAGCAGGAAAUUGGGAGGGGGCAUUACUCGUAUGAAAACAAGAUGGUGGUAUUUGUUAUAAACACGUGUAAAACAGUUGGAUUUUUUCUGGCUGAAGAUAACUAUUCAUACGACCAAAUUCUUAAUUUUUGCAAAGCUCGUCAAAUUGAUUUCCAUUGUAGAAUUUACUUUAGUUCGGAGUUGCGAACCGAAUUGACCAUGUUUUUGUUAGCAAGUAACACUGUACAACAAGGUCUAUUUUUUCUCCACUCUCAAUAAACAUGUUUUACUUACUCUGCAAUAGUAUAUGAGUUACUAAAUUCCUUUGAAACAUUGGACCAUUUUCUUUAUUAACAGAUCAUACUUGCACAAUUGUUGUUAUGUUUUCUUUAUGGUUAAGGCAUUGUGACAUGUAUAUUAAUUUGAUUUUUAUGCCCCCCGAUAGAGGGCAUAUAGUGAUCGGACCGUCCGUCUGUCUGUCUGUCUUUCCGUCACACUUUGCGUUUAGGUUUCGCAUUUAGGUUUAAAAAAAUGCUCAUUACUUCUAUGUCCCUUCAGAUAGCAACUUGAUAUUUGGCAUGCAUGUGUAUCUCGUGGAGCUGCACAUUUUGAGUGGUAAAAGGUCAAGGUCAUCCUUCAAUGUCAAUGGUCAAAUAUAUCACUUCAAAGCGGCGCAGAAGGGGCAUUGUGUUUACGACAAACACAUCUCUUGUUUUCAGAUGAUAUUGUCUGAACUUGACAUUAGUUCUAUGUGUGAUGAUUAAAGCAUUGUGUCAUGUAUGAAGAUAUUUUGCUUAAAUGUUUUCAUGUUGUGGUAUUCACUCUUCUAUAUACUUUGUGUCAGAAGAAAUUAAGUCUUUGAUUUUUAUAAUAUACAAUUGUAAUUAGAUUUUUUCCUGAUGAUAUUCUGAACUUGACAUUUGUUCUAGGUGGGAGGGUUAAGGCAUUGUUUCAUGUAUGAAUAUAUUUUGCUUAAACGUUUUCAUGUUGUGGUAUUGACUCUUCUAUAUAAUUUGUGUCUGAAGAAAGUAAGUGCUUGAUUUUCAUAAUAUACAUCUAUAAUUUGAUUUUUUAUACGCCCGUUUUUCAAAACGGGACGUAUUAUAGUUUCACCCUUGGCGGGCGGGUGGACGCCGCCGGUGGGUGGACGGGCGGUUUCCACAGCAGUUUCUGCUCUCUAUUUCAAAUAGUUUUCAUCUGAUCUUCACCAAACUUGGUCAGAAGUUGUAUCUAGACAAUAUCUAGGUUAAGUUUGAAUAUGGGUCGUGUCGAGUCAAAAACUAGGUCGCGGGGUCACUUAGUGCAUUUCAGGAUUAAGUAUGGUUUCCGCUCUCUAACUGAAGAAGUUUUCAUCCGAUCUUCACCAAAUUUGGUCAGAAAGUGUAUCUAGACAAUAUUUAGGUCAAGUUCGAAUAUGGUUUAUGCUGGGUCAAAUACUAGGUCACGGGAUAACCAAGUGCAUUUCAAGGAUUUAGCAUGGUGUCCGCUCUCUUAAUUGAAGUAGUUUUUUUUGUGUACAUGAUAUUUAGGUAAAGUUCAAAUAUGGGUCAUGCCGGGUCAAAAACUAGGUCAUGAAGUCACUUAGUGCAUUUCAAGCAUUUAGCAUGGUGUCUGCUCUCUAAUUGAAGUAGUUUUGAUCCGAUCUUCACCAAAUUUGGUCAGAAGUUGUGUCUAGAUGAUGUCCAAAACCUUCAAAAGGGCGUAUCCUAUGACAGUUUGGCACUCUUGUUUCCAGAUGAUAUUGUCUGAACUUGACAUUGUUCGAAGUGUAAAUACAUUUUGAAACUACUUUUUGUCAUAAAAAUGUUUGGGAGUAUUUUUUGGAGGAAUAAACUGUUUUAAAUCGA